UACGCGCUAAAACUCAAAUUGAUUUUCUGAAGUUUUUCUUGAAGUUUAAUCAAUUCAACAGACUAUUCCCCUAUUAGAUCUAGAUCUAGAAUCUAGAUCUAAGUCUUAAGUUGAAUUAUUUAUGAAAAGUCAGAAGUGAUUCACUGAUUUCUCAAUAUAAAACAGAAAGAUGGAUCUAGAAGAAAAACUUUCCAGUAUUUCUCUAAAUGAGAAUAAUAGUAACAGAUUAAAACUAUACUCAAGUGAUGAUUCCAGUACUGUUGAAAAGACCAGACUCCAAUCCGAGGAAUCAGAAAGCAGUUCAGAUUCAGCGGAGAGACAGAAAUUUAUGCAGUUGGUUACUAAGGCUCGACAGUUGGCAGAAAAAGGAGACAUCGCCAAAGCAAUUAUCUUAAAUGAAAAAGCUUUCGAGAUCCAUCAAAGUGAUAAGUUGAAAAAACGAAUAGCGAAAAUGAAGGCUUUUCUAGCUGACCAAGAAUGUGAUGAUGAAAAUGAUAGCCAGAUGAAAUCGCUAGGUCAAGGAUUCAUGUUGCAUGCUAGACUGCAUGAAAAGAUCUACUCCCAUCAAAAAGAGGGUAUUCUCUGGUUGUGGUCGCUCUAUCUUCUAGGAAAAGGUGGAAUACUUGCUGAUGACAUGGGCCUUGGCAAGACAAUCCAAGUGAUAGCGUUCCUGGCAGGCAUGUUUGAUAUGAAUAAGAUAAAGACAGUGAUGAUCGUGGUUCCACUGAGUGUCAUGCCUAAUUGGCUUAAUGAAUUCAACAAAUGGACUCCAGGUAUCAAUGUUGUGCAGUUUCAUGGAGGUUCAAAGAAAGAGAGAGAAAGAGCUUUAGCAAAAGUCAGAACCAGAGGGGGUGUACUAAUGACAACCUAUGGACUUGUUAUUACAACCAAGGAAACUUUUUCUGAGAGGCAUGGCCAGGAGUUUAUUUGGGAUUAUGUUAUACUGGAUGAGGGUCACAAGAUUAAGAAUCCAACAAAGACUUCAAAAAGUGUCCAUCAGAUUCCUGCAAGGCACAGAAUAAUUCUUACUGGCACUCCAGUACAGAACAAUCUUAAGGAGCUUUGGUCAUUAUUUGAUUACGUUCAUCAAGGCUCACUACUCGGGACAGUCAGAACAUUUAAAAUGGAAUUUGAAACUCCAAUUAUUAGGGCUAGAGAGAGGGAUGCAACAGCAGUGGAGAAAAAGUUGGGUCAAGAAAUGGCUGAAACUCUAAAGGGAAUCAUUAAACCUUAUUUUUUGCGUCGUACCAAAGCAGAGGUACAGGAUGCCCGAGAUUCUAACACAGACCCUAGCUGCUUGAAAAUGCCUAAUAUGACUCGCAAGAAUGACUUAGUACUAUGGUUGCAUUUGACUGAAACACAACAGAAGAUUUAUCAAGAUUUCACCAGUCUGGACCAUGUUAAAGAACUACUAAUGACAAAAAAAUCUCCACUGGUUGCCUUGACUGUUUUGAAAAAAAUCUGCGACCAUCCACGGUUGUUGAGUUCAAGAGCUUGUCUCCAGUUAGGUUUAGAUGGAGAAGAUUUUGAUGAAGAGGAACUGGAGAAUCCUGAAUCAUACGAGUGUGCAGCAACAAAGCUGGAUAAAAUUUCUGACGACAUCUUAAUCAAUGAGUCAGGAAAGAUGCAGAUUCUUGUAGAGCUUCUGGACACAUUCAAAAGUGAAGGUCGUCAAACUCUCGUCUUCUCACAGUCCAGAAAACUGCUGAACAUUAUUCAGAAAGUUAUCACUAACAGGGGGCACAAGGUUGCCAGACUUGAUGGUACAAUCACACAGCUGACAGAGAGGGAUGAAAUUGUCAAAAAGUUCCAAAGAGACCCUUCAUACUCAGUUUUUCUUCUAACUAUUCAGGUUGGUGGAGUUGGGCUGACCAUUACUGCAGCAGACAGAGUUAUUAUUUAUGAUCCCAACUGGAACCCUGCGACUGAUGCUCAGGCAGUUGACCGUGUCUACAGAAUAGGCCAACAGAAAAACGUCGUGGUCUACAGGCUGAUAACAUGUGGGACAGUGGAGGAGAAAAUCUACAGGAGGCAGGUGUUUAAAGACAGCAUCACCAGACAGACAACAGGAAACAGCAAAAACCCAUACAGGUAUUUUACAAAGAUGGAACUUCGAGAGCUCUUCACCUUAGAUGAUCCAAAGUUUUCAAAAACUCAGCGUCAGCUUCAGGACCUUCACUCUGACCAGAGACAGUCUGACACUGCAUUGGAUGAACACAUCGCCUACCUCCAUUCCCUGGAUAUUUUUGGGAUCAGCGACCAUGAUUUGAUGUUCAAACAGACUGAUGUUCGAGAUGAUGAAGAGGAUGAUGUCAUAGUUCAAGGCCAUGAAGAGAAUGAAAACAACGAACGCUUUAUUCAACAUAGAAUCCACAAAGCUCAGAUGUUGAUAGCUGAAGAGUCAACAGUUCCAAUAUCUUAUGAAGAGAGGUCAAAGGGUCUGAUGAGAUUUCCAACAGCGGGCAGGGGUGGCAACUCAACCAACCAGGCUGUUCCAACGAGUGCUUUGUUUUCCCAAGUGAAACCAUCCAGCCAUGUUGAAAAUGUGGACUUGGUGACCGUCUCAGAUGACGAGUCAGAUGACCAUGGUUCUAGAUACACUGCCAUGGAAGACACAGAAGACUCCGAACAUUCUAGUGAAAAUGUAAAUGUUAAAAAAGAAAUCUCAGCUGACACAAGGUUUCCUCAGAAGGAAUUGCAUCCCUCCCCCUCAGUCAAGAACAAAUCUCGCAAUGCACUACAACCUCUGUCAUCGGACGAAGUUCAACAGCGCUCACCUCACGUUGCCUCCAGAAAAGGUGAGAUCUUCACCGAGGAAAUCCUGAUCUCCCCUGACGCCUGUAGCCCCAUUAUCGGCUUUGAGAAAGUGAACAUGCAUCGUAAAAUAAUGGAAGAAGCCAUGAAAAUGAGUAGUUUCCCAUCAAGUCCGAUUCGGCCUGGGAUAAAUUCACCCAAGCGCCAGCUUGGAUUCUCCCCUUCAAAGUUAGCAAACUCCUCAAUAAAGGGAAACAACUCACCAAAGUAUUCAUCAUCUAAAACAAAAAUAAACCUCGCUUCUAUAGGUACAACAUCCACUCCUCAAGAAAACCAGAAGCUUGGUAACCUUGAUGUCUUGGUUAAAAACUCCCCUGAUUCAGGCAGUCGUACACCUGGUUUGGCUAGCAGUGCUGGAAAAAUCUGCCCACCGGCCACAAACAUGUACAGCACGCCUGUCGAUAUGCUUGAAGCACGCAGGAAGCUCAUGUUUGUUUCAGACAGUGCAGACAACUCCCCCAGUCUUUCAAGCCCUUUGAAGAAAAAAAAUCGACUCCACGACUUGUCCAGAUCCGUUUUAUCAACCCCAGAUGCGGUGUUAGAAAAAUGUGAAAUAAUUGAAAACUCUGUGGUGGAAGAUUCAUGUGUAUCUGUGAACACAAACCCUGGAUCGUCAACUGCCUCACCAAACACUUCCACACACUGCCGAUCUCUUCUAUCUGCCCUGAAUGAAUCAUCAAGAAGCGCAGGCAGGCAAAGUGCCAAGAAAAAUCAAACCAACAAACGGAGAAGCGUUUGUAUGAAAAAACCAGUCCUAGAUGACAGUUCUGAUGAGAGCCGCGCAGACGAUAGUUUUGACGAGAAUGACAAAACGGAAAAUGUUGAAAGCGUAGAGACAACGCAAGACGAGGAAGACGAAGAUGACAAAGAAAAUGAUCCCAUUUUGAUAAAGCGUGUUGGGGGGAGGAAUCGAAUAGUGUCAGACUCUGAGUCUGAAGGUGGGUCCUGCUAUGAAGUUGAGGUCAGUGAGGAUGAUGAUGUCCAGGUUGUUGAAGCCAGCGAUGAAGAGAAUCAAAACCCUGUGGAGAAAGAUGAUGUGGUAAAAGAAGAGAGAAAUGAGGAUGUGAUGGAGGAAGAGGAUGAGAAUGUUGAUGAGGAACUGAAUGCCAGGUUUCAAGACCUUAUCAAAACAGCACGAUCUUUAUACAAGAAACAAAACUACGUAGAGUCUCUACAAUUUGUUGAAGAGGCGCUGCAAAUCUUUCAAGAUCCUGGACUGGAACAAAUGGCAGAUAAGAUCAGAGCAAGAAUAUCUGAGCAAUCUUAAUCCUACGCCUUAAUCCUUACUGGCCACCACGGCUAAUUUAACACAUUUGUAGAUGAGCAAUGUUAAUAUGCCUAUUCCUAAUGUCAGGCAAUGUUAAGCCAACUAUUCUAAUUGACCAUCAAUGCUAAUCCCAAAAUUGUUUUGGUUAAUCCAACACUUCUAUUGUCCAGGAUUGUAACCUACUCAUCGUACUUGAUCUGUAUAACACUUCACCCAUUUAUAUUGACCUGUGAUGUUAAUUAAACCCAUUAAUAUUGCUGCUGACUAUAAAGCAGUAAGGAGCUGCAGCCAUUUUUGCCAUGUCCAUUCUUGGCAGCUUUGCAGUAGUGAUUGAAAAAUUAAUCUUCCUAGUUUUUAGUGUACCAAUUCUAGACAACUCUAAAUUUGUUUUAGUAAGUAAAACAAAUUAAAACUAUUAAUAACUCUAGAGGCUUGAUCUUGUGCUUUCUUUUUUUAUGUACAUAUUUGUUUCAUUUGCUUAUUUAUUAAAAACUAUUCUGGAAAAUAUUGGUAAUGAAAGAACAAUUUGUGAGCUAAAUCUCUUCUAAAAAAUGUGUAGGUGACUAGACUUUUCAUACAAAUAUGUAUUAUAUUAGUUUUUUUUAAUGAUC